AUGUCAACGGGGUCGCCGGUGUCCGGCGUGGAUACAAUUUCAUCAGUAUCGCAUGGACACGGCCAUGGACAUGGACGUCGCGGCCACGGCCAUUCUCGCUCGAAUCGGUGGUCGCACGGCCCCAUUUCUCACUCAGUGUCCUCUUUCGACGCCUCGACGAUUGCAAAUCCGCUGUCGCAGUCUGUGACAGCUUCUGAUAUUUCCAAUGGCUCGCCGCCCAGCUCACACUGGCAUGGCCACCAGCAUACGCACUCCCAUGCCUCGUCGAUUCAUGAGAACGGAUGGGUCGGUGUGAACCACGUCGAUGCGUUUCACACACAUACCCCUAAACAUAGCCAUACCGGCAGUAUUACGGGAUUGACACCGGAUACACCUUUGGUUUCUGCAGACCCUGAGCCGACGACCGUUUAUGAGAGCAUUACUGGGAUUCUAGCAGCAUUUCCGUGGAUCGUCGUAUCGUGGUAUUACCAGCAGUACGUACAUUGGGAAUCGCCGGUGCCAGUGCCUGGUGAGGAUACUAGCGACGAUACCUGGACGAUUGCGAGCAGUGGAACGUUAGACCAUACGGCGCAGAGGGCUGGUUUCCUGGCUGCCGCAACGAUGGUUCUACUCGGAUGUUCGCAGGCGGCUCAGCUCGCUCAGCGGGGUGAUUCGAUGCCAGGUAUGCCUAAAAUCGGUCCCACCGAAAUUCGCAGUUCUUUUGGGAAGCUGUGCUCCAUCGCGUUGCCAAUCUAUGCCUCGUUGAAGAUAGGUGGGUUCCUGGUCGCGUUUGCUCUGUUACUUGCGACUGCAACUGGCCUCCCGACAAUCAUCUCGGGCAGCAAUUCUCAGCCUGGCAACAAGGCCGGGAUACUACAGAAGAAGUUGACGGUGGGUGUCAUUUUGGCUGUCGUUGUUUUCAGUUUCCUGGGCAUGAAUACUACUUGGGACACGGAGCCUGUUCUGGGUUAUUCCUCCUUGUUGUUGUCGGUCUUCGUCAUCCGCCCUCCUUUUUCCGCCUCCGUUUCCGCAGUUUCGACUUCAGCUUCGGGCCUCGGUAUCUCAGUGUCUGGAAGUAGCGUCGACUCGAAAACAGCGUCUGCAAGUGCCUCUCCUGUUUCGCCAGCGGAAGCAGUUCUCACUGCUGCCACAGGCUUGCUCUUAGCAUUGGCAACUGCGAUUACGUCCAGGGCCAUCUCAUUCCAAGCGAUUGACUUUGUGUAUAUACUUUUGACCGCAGGCGCGUUUGCGGUCUCCUUGACUUUUCUGAUCCCGAACAAUUUGCGCUCCCCACACAAGAUCGGUCUUGCCAUCGGGACGGGCACUGCAGCCCUGUUGUGCGCACCGCCUAUGCGCGACGGUGUUUAUCUAACCUACAUCUCCCGGGGUAUCCUGGCUGCGCUUUCGUUCCCAGCCGCCCGGUUUGACGACAAGCAUUUGCGCCUCGUGACUCAUUCUCACAGCCACCACCACCAUUCCCACCAUGGCAAAGAUGCAUCACGAAUAACGAAUCUAAUCAUCCGGUACAGCGAGCCAUACCCUUUGUUGUACAGCAUCCUCAAAGAGAGUGACUCGCGACGCAUCUUCUACUUCAUGACGUAUGUCUUCCAACCUUCACUGAGUAACCGACUGGCUAAUUGUUCGCAGCCUUAA